GGAAGCUAAGCAACCCCAGGCUGGCCUUAAAGAGUCCAAAAAGCACUUAGGAAAAAGGUGCCCACCCAAAGAAGGAACAACCCAGCCUCCUUGGGAUGCCAUCCCCGCCUCUCUUGGCACCGAUGGAGAGGCAUGCCAGCCUUUAAAAAGCGACCAUGGGAGGGAAGCAGCAGCUGGCAGACUCUUCCUCCUGGCUGCUCCAAGGAUGCCCAGCUAGCUCCCUUGGCACCACCUUGGCACCCCUUUAAACUCCGACAGCCAUGCCUGGGUUUCAUCAUAGACGUCGGAUAGCGAUGCCAAGGCAGUGGGUACUGGCAUUGUUUUUCCCUUUCUCCCUCCUCUUCCUUCCUGGGCUGCUGGCACAGCCUUGCCCAGCGGUGUGCCAACCCUCCCGGUGCCCUCCACAAUCGUCCCAAGCCUGCCAAGCCCUCGGGGGGCACCUGAGGCCGGACAGGUGUGGCUGUUGCUGGGAAUGUACCCAGGGAGAGGGGCAGCCUUGUGGCCCUGGAGGGCUCUGUGGCCCUGGGCUCUUCUGCCAAAAGGUCAAUGGCAGGGGCAGGGGCAUUUGCACCUGUGCCCACUCCCAGAUGCCAGUCUGCGGGAACGACAGGAAGACCUACCGCAGCCUGUGCCACCUGCGGGCAGAGAACCAGGCACUGAGGCGCCGACAGGACCAGCUGCCCAUCAUCCCUGUCCAGAAGGGACCCUGCGGAGAGAAAGAUGUCCUGGACCCUAAGAGCCUGAGGUACAGGUUCAAUUUCAUCGCCGACGUGGUGGAGAAGAUUGCUCCUGCCGUUGUGCAUUUGGAACUGUUCCGCAGAGUUCCUUACACAAACAAAGAAAUCCUGGUCUCCAGCGGUUCGGGUUUCAUUGUGUCUGAAGACGGCCUGAUUAUCACCAAUGCCCACGUUCUCACCAACAAGCAGAGGAUCAAAGUGGAACUUAAGAGUGGCCACCAGUUUGAUGCCAAAGUCAAAGAGGUCGACCACAAACUGGACAUUGCCCUGAUCAAAAUAGACACCGAUAUGAAACUGCCGGUGCUCCUUUUGGGCAGGUCCUCUGAUCUUCGUCCGGGGGAGUUUGUGGUGGCCCUGGGGAGUCCUUUCUCCUUGCAGAACACAGUGACCACAGGAAUUGUGAGCAGCACACAGAGGGACGGCAAGGAGCUGGGGCUGAAGGACUCCGACAUGGAGUACAUCCAGACCGAUGCCAUUAUCAAUUAUGGAAAUUCUGGCGGGCCCUUGGUAAACUUGGAUGGAGAAGUCAUUGGGAUGAACACUCUGAAAGUUACAGCCGGCAUCUCCUUCGCCAUUCCUUCAGAUCGAAUCCGUCAGUUCCUGGAAGAUUCACACAACCGUCAGGAGAAAGGGAAGAGCAAAACCAAGAAGAAGUAUCUAGGACUCCGAAUGCUCCCUCUUAGUUUCAAUCUUAUCCGUGAGUUGAGGCGAAGGGACCGGAAUUUCCCAGACCUGAUCCCUGGGGUUGGCGUCUACGUCUAUGAGGUGAUUCCAGGAACGGCCGCUGAAAGUGCUGGCUUGGAAGACGGUGAUGUCAUUAUAGCAAUCAAUGGGAAAACGGUCACUUCAACUCGCGAUGUCACGGAAGGUGUACAGAACAACGACACCCUUGCCAUUGUGGUGCGGCGAGGAAAUGAAGACCUCAUCCUGACAGUCACACCGGACGAAAUUGAUUAAAA